CGAACAUCAAAACCAUUUUUUGUUGUUGGUGUGAGCCAUAUCACGUGCAAAGUGGUGAUUUUUUAACAAUUUUAAACAACCCGAUUUUUCAAUUAUUUCAUGGGGGGUGGUGGUGGUUGUAAUUUGAUUAUAUAUAUAUAAUCCCAAUUGUAUAAAAACAUUUUUCAAAAAAAUUAUAACUUUUGUUCUUUCUUAGUAUUUUUCUUUUUAUUCAAUAAUUAGAAUAAUUCAUUUAUCUAUUCAAUUGACUAAUAUAUUAUUUCAAAAUGGCUACUGAACAUAAAGCUUUAAGAUUAGGAUCCAAAGCUCCAGAUUUCAAAGCUGAUACUUCCAAUGGACCAAUUUCUUUCCAUGAAUUCAUUGGUGAUUCAUGGACUGUGUUAUUUUCUCAUCCAGAUGAUUUCACUCCAGUUUGUACUACUGAAUUAGGUGCUUUUGCUAAAUUAGAACCUGAAUUUGCUAAAAGAGGGGUUAAGUUGAUUGGUUUAAGUGCUAACAAUACUGAUUCUCAUAAAGCUUGGAUUAAAGAUAUUGAUGAAGUUACUGGUUCCAAAUUAACUUUCCCAAUCAUUGCUGAUCCAGAAAGAAAAGUUGCUCAUGCAUUUGAUAUGAUUGAUUAUCAAGAUGCUACUAAUGUUGAUAAUAAGGGUGUUCAAUUUACUAUUAGAUCUGUUUUCAUUAUUGAUCCAAAGAAAACUAUUAGAUUAAUCUUAUCCUACCCAGCUUCCACUGGUAGAAACACUGCUGAAGUUUUAAGAGUUGUUGAUUCUUUACAAACUGGUGAUAAAUAUAGAGUUACAACUCCAAUCAAUUGGGUUCCAGGAGAUGAUGUUAUUGUUCAUCCAACUGUUUCUAAUGAAGAAGCCAAGACUUUAUUCCCAAAAUUCAGAAUCAUCAAGCCUUAUUUAAGAUUAACUCCAUUAGAAGUUAAAGAAACUUAAAUUAGAUGAAUGAUUGAUUUUGUUUGGUGAAAGUAUUUUAAAAUAUUUUGAUACUUUUAUUUAAUUCUUGUGUAUUUCUGUUAUAUUUACAGUUAUUAUUUUCUUUUUAAUGUAAAAUUUAUUUGUUAAUUUGAAUAUUAAGUGAUGUAGACAUGUAAUUUAGUUGUUUAGUUGAUUAAUUGUAUGAAUUGUGUUGUUUGGCUAUUUACUAGCAUUUUUUUUGCAGCAGACGACUAUUAAACACAUCCAUGCCUCAUAUUAUAUAUAGGAGGGCUGGUUUAUAGUUAAUUUUUAACAUGAACCAAAAGAGAAGAGGAGAGGAGAAAAUAUUUGCACUAUACGCUUAACUAACUUAAAAGGAAUGUUCCCACAUUUUUUAAAAAGGUUGCUCAUAUUUCUCCAUUUUACAGCAUAAAGUAGAAAAUCCCAACUGGAUUGAA